ACUUGUCUUUCAAUUAUAAUGAAAAUGUUGAGUUAAUAUUUUCGAAACUUAAAAGUCCUAAUUUAGGUAGCCUACUACAAAAUCUAACCAGUUUAGAAGUACUUGAUCUCAGUGAAGUAGAUAUAUCGUCCAGAGUACCCGAUUUUCUUUCUAAUUUUACUUCUUUGACAUCUAUAAUUCUUCAUGAUUGUGGGCUGCAAGGUGAAUUCCCUGCAGCCAUUUUUCAAUUGCCAAAUUUAAGAAUUCUAGAUGUAAGCUCCAAUGGCAAUCUCAAGGGUUAUUUUCCUGAAUUCCACCAUAGGAGUCCACUUAAAGAAUUGAGACUUGAUGGAAGUGGGUUUUCUGGAAGCUUACCUUCUUCAAUCCAAAUGCUUGAUUCAUUGGAUAUAUUAGCUGUUGAUUCCUGCGAUUUCUCAGGACCUUUUCCCUCUUCACUAGGCAAGCUUAACAAACUUACUUAUCUAAAUCUUGGGGUUAACAACUUUAGUGGUCAAAUUCCAUCUUCUCUUCAAAAUCUUACCCACCUCACAGUAUUAGAUCUUCAUGAUAACCAAAUAUGUGGUCCAAUCCCAUCUUGGCUAGGAAACCUUACUCAUUUAAAGUUCUUAGAAUUUUCAUAUAACCAGUUGCAUGGUCUUGUUCCACAAUCAUUAUCUAACCUCAUGGAUCUUGAAACUCUUUAUCUGAAGACUAACAAAUUAAAUGGAACUUUGGAAGUCGACAUGUUUUUAAGUAUGAAAAGUCUUUCAUACCUAAACCUUGGUGAAAAUAAUUUGUCGCUACUUUUUAGGAAGGGAAACAUAAAUGCAACAAGUUCAAAGUUCAAGUAUGUGGGAUUCAAAUCAUGCAACUUACAUGAAUUCCCGUAUUUUAUUAGGCAUCAAACUGAGCUGGAGUGGUUGUCAAUUCCUGAUAACAAGAUCUGUUGUGAAAUACCUAAAUGGAUGUGGAAUACAAGCAUAGACACUUUGGUCGCCUUCAACAUUGCUGACAACUUCCUGAAGGGCUAUCUGCCUGCAGUUAUUCCAUGGGUUAACUUACGUUUAUUUCGUGUUUCAUUUAACAUGUUGCGAGGAACACUACCGGUUCCUCCACCAUCUGUCGUGUAUUAUAACGUGUCAAAUAACCUACUAAGUGGAGAAGUCUCAGAUAUGUUCUGCAAUAUGAGUUCUCCUUACAGCCUUGAUUUGUCUGAUAACACAUUGGAUGGGAAGAUUCCAGAAUGUUUGGGAAACUUAAGUAGUACUUUGUAUAUUUUGAGCUUACGAAACAACUCUUUUCAUGGCUUCAUUCCUGAAAUAUGCAGCAACAAUGAAAGCACGAUGAGAAUUAUUGAUGUCAGUUAUAAUAAGUUGCAAGGGAAGCUACCACGAUCAUUGUCCAACUGUAAGAUGCUUCAAGGUAUUGUUGUCUCCAACAAUCAACUGAGUGAUGUUUUUCCAUCUUGGUUAGGGUCCCUUCCAUUCUUGAAGCUUCUCAUACUACAACACAACGGGUUCUAUGGUGUAAUUGAGAAACCUGAAAGUUACAUUGGGUUCCCCAAGUUGCAAGUGCUUGAUAUCUCUUUCAAUAAUUUCACAGGUGAGUUGCCAUCUCAUUACGUUUCUAGUUGGAAUGUCAUGAAGGCCAUCGAUCCCGAUCCUUUUAUGUAUUUGAGUGUGCUGUUGAAUAUUACUAUUUCAAACACUUAUCGCUAUGAAGUUGUAACUCGUUAUGCAAUCAGAAUUACAACCAAAGGGGUCAAUAGAUACUAUGGAGCCAUCCAAGCUAUCUUUGCUUUUAUUGAUAUGUCAAGCAAUAAAUUUGAAGGAGAGAUUUCUAUACUUUUUGGGAAUCUAAUGUCCCUUCACUCCUUAAAUCUCUCGAACAACAUGCUCACUGGUUGCAUCCCAUCUUCUUUGGGGAAUUUAACGGAACUCGAAUCAUUGGACCUUUCUCAAAACAAUCUUUCCGGAGAGAUUCCUCAACAGCUCAAGCAACUUGGAUUCCUUGGAAGCUUCAAUGUAUCGCAUAACAUGCUUACAGGGCCUAUACCUCAAGGGAAACAAUUCAGUGCAUUUGACAGCAGUUCGUUUGAGGGAAACCCAGGAUUGUGUGGUGAUCCAUUGUCUAAGAAAUGUGGUGAUUUAGAGACCUCAUCACCGCCUCCUUCAGUUUUUGAAGAAAAUGAUGAUUCAGAAUCUGUAUUCAAAUUGGAUUGGAAAUUUGUGUUAAUAGGAUACAUAAGUGGGCUAGUUGUUGGAGUGGUUCUUGCCGACAUUGUGAUAAUAAGGAGGCAUGGAUGGUUGGUUAAGAUGCAAUGCAAAAGGAGAAGGCGAAGGAGCUAUUCAAGAAACUGAAGAGCUUACAUGGAUGAGGAACUAUCUCUGCUCUGGCCUGGUUGUUGUUAGUUCAUUUGAGGGAAACCCAGGAUUGUGUGGAGAUCCAUUGUUUAAGAAAUGUGGUGAUACAGAGGCCUCGUCACUGCCUCCUUCAGUUUUUGCAGAAAAUGAUGAUUCAAAGUCUUUAUUAAAAUUAGAUUGGAAAUUUGUUGAUAGGAUUCAUUAGAGUGCUGGUUGCUGGAGUAGCUCUUGAUGACAUUGUGAUCAUGAGGAGGCAUGAAUAUUGUUUAAAUUGCAAUGCAAAAGGAGAAGGCGAAGAAGACAUCAAAGAAAUUGAAGAACUUCCAAGGCUAUGGAACUAUCUCUGCAUUGUAUGUUGUUGGUUUUCUUUUUCUUUUUCAACUCCUAUGUACAAAUAUAUAUGUAUAUAUAUAUAUAUAUAUAUGUAUGUAUAUUGGUCAAAGAUCCUAUGUACAUAUGAUGUUGUUGUAAACUUAGUCCAGACCUUUUUUUUUUUUUUUUGUUUUUUUGUUUUUUUUUUUUUUUUGUUGUCCUACUUUUUAUUUUCAACUAUCUCUGCUGUUGUACAUAAACAUAAGUGAGCUGCUAUGCUUGUUUUCUUUUGUUCUAUCUUAAAUAUCAUGUUAUCUACUGCUUGGAAUUUGAU